AUGCAAUCAUGUGUGCAGGGCGGCCGGCCCGUGUACCCUGUUCUCAGGCAGCUUACAUCAAAGCAACCAAUCGUAACGCAAAUUGACGGCCUGCUGACCCCUGCCGAAUGCGCGUACCUUGUGAAGACUGCACACGGCGCGGGCUUCGAGGCCUCCGAAACUGAGGGGCGCCGCGAAGUCCGCUCGCUGCGCACGUCGCGGACCGCGGACCUCCCGGAGGACGAUCCAGUCGUUCAGUGCAUCGAAAGAAGACUCGCGACGAUUGCUGGGAUGCCGGCGACGAGCCUCGAGCCGCUGCAAGCAACGAGCUAUGCCUGCGGGGAGCGCUACAAAACGCACCGCGACGUCCCCAGAGACGGUGGUGGCAGAGAUUACAAGCGCCGACUGAAGACCAUCUUCGCAUACUUACAAGCAGACGGAGAGCUGUCCGCGGGGAGGUGUGGCGGGGCCACUUGCUUCCACAAGCUGUGCGGAAGCGAUGGGAAGGGCCUGCGCGUGUACCCGCGCGCUGCACCUGACUCGGGUCUGCACAAGUCGGCGCUGCAAGCCUUCGACUCUUCCGUUGGCGUGCUGAGCCGUGCGGGUGUUGAACAGGAAGACGCGCCUGGCAUCGCUGGGCGCGCCGAGGGCUCGUUUAGAGGCGGCGUCUCUGCGUCCGUGCAGCUUCGCAGCCUCCGGACGGCGCCGAGACCCACGCUUCCCCUGAGGACAUCAGGCAUCCGCAAAAGGGUGACGCCACUCAUGCAGAAGCGCGUGGCGGCGCGCUACAAUUUUAUGUGCGCCAUCUGCGGCCUGCCUUUCACAGCGACUGAUAUGUGGGAGGUCGACCACAUCGUUCCUUUGAGUUCUGCGCGAACCGCCGCCGAUGUCGCGAGACUCAACGACAUCUCGAAUCUUCAGCCUGUCCAUCGAGUAGGCGCAGCGGCGCCAGACUUAGAGUCACGGCUGGUCCAGUGGGCCAGCAGCAGCUGCCAGGCGCACUGCGUAGUGAGAGACGUUGAUGGCAGAAACGCGUUGUACCUGCACCGGAAAGACGCCAAGACAGUGCGCGCUAUGCAAAGUCUAAUCCGCACUCUCACCGGGCGGUGGGGCCUUCACAUGGGUGACUUAGGCAAGGGUUGGCUCGAGCUGUGCACCGAGGAGGAUUACAAGGCCGCAGCGAGUACCGCGUGCGACGAAACCAUGGCGCCGUGCACACCCCGCGUACGCGUGGACCCGCCGCAGAUGGAGCGUGGCUUUGGGGCCGCGCUGCACCAGCCGGUUGAGAACGUCGAAGCUUUCGUGCGAAUGCAUAGCGGCCCUUACGAGAAGCUCAUCGACCCCCAGCUCCGGUUCAAGAACUCGGAGCCCCCGCACGGGAUGCAGCGCGCUACUCUUCCGAUGUGUUUCCAGAAAGGCUGGGGCGCUGGCACAGCCGCGCUGGCUCGCAAGUUGCGGGAGAAGCACGGACUGCGCGUGCCCCGGAGCGGCUUCGACGUGUCUCGGCUGAAGGGUCGUUGGCUAGUCCUCGCAGACGAAGGUAGCGUGGCGCUCCCGCAGCUGCCGCCGCCGCCCGUCGCUCCGAUGCUUGCCCUUGACGCGGGUGAGCCAGCGGAGUCGGACGUCAAGGCGGCGCAGAGCAGUACGAACGGUGCGCGAGAAGCUGGCGCAAGUGCGAAGCUCGGCCUUGAGGCCCACGAACACGGCGCUGCCACGGUCGUCACGGAAAACGAUCGACUGUGCGCAAUGAAGAUCGGCCCAGCGACGCAGGUUGGCCACCUGGUCUUCGCGCAGCAUGGGGAGCGUGCAGCGGAACGAAACACCGUGCCCCUGGAAGCCAUGGCCACUUACACCGUCGACUACACCGGCAUCCCGGGCCACGUCUAUACGUUGCUACUCGAGAGUGGACGCUUUUACGUCGGAUGGAGCAGCGCAGUCGAGAACCGCAUUGCCCAGCACUUCUCCGGGGCGGGCAGCAAGUGGACGAUGCAGCACAAACCGCUGCAAGUGCUGGCGUGCGUCGCAGGCGACACGAGGCUCGAAGACGUCGUCACGAUAUCGCUCAUGUGCCAGCAUGGAUGGGAGCGAACGCAGGGCCACGCGGACAAUGCGCAGGGCGGAGCGCCGGAAGGGCUGCAGGAGGAGCAACGGGAAGAGCGCGAAACGAUCACGCUCACGCGCAGCAGGGCCGACGGCGAGCAGCACGCACGGCGCGCCGAAGUACGGAGCACGCAGGCGGCGCAAGAAUGCACCAAGCGCGGCUUCAAACGCAUCUACGCGGCUACGCUACCAGACCUCACCGCGCGCAUUUGCGAGUGGCGACAGGAGCAUCUCGAAGAGCUGCUCUCCACGCUCAGCGAGGAGGCGCAGCAUUUCUGGCUGGCGCAGACGGCCUUACGAGGCUACCUCACUGCACGGAGCGAGCUGUCGCGCACGGACGCGUGGUCCGAGAAGCUGUAUAAACAUCCCUCGCCUCCCAAGCGAAGACGGUUUGCUGCUGCGACCUGUGCGCGCAGCUCGCUCUUAGAUCGGGCCUUCCUGCGCGACCUGGGGGUAUACGCAAAGUCCUUCAUGGCGGCUGUGCGGCAGCUGCCCUUCUUCAAGAAGGAUUGGAACAAGAAGGAGCUAACGGUGAGGAUGGGACCCCUCUUGCUAGCGGAUGGGAAGCUGGAUGCGCGGGAGCGGAAGUUCUUGCAAAAGCUCGCCGAAGCGCAGGAGAUCCUCGAGGCGCGGCCGCUCUGCGCGCAGGACAAGCGCGACGUCUUGCUCUGCCUCUGCCGCUUCGUGCCAGGGAGCGCAGCGCGCGUGGUGUCUCAGUUUGUCUUCCACCCACACGAGAUGACAGAGCGCAACCUCGGACUGCACUGCGAAAAUAUCGAAGACAUGGCGGCGGCGCAGGAGUCGAUGGCAGCAGCGUCUACCUGCCUCCAUGCCGGCGAAGCAGCCGGCGAGGAAUUGUUCAGGCUGGCAGCGCGACUGAACACGAAGCGCGUGCAGUACCAGCCCGGCGGCCUCUAG